AGCAUUAUUCAAACGCCUAAUUCUCUUUCUCUUUUCGGUUCGAUCAUGUGCCAAUGACCCGCCACAGCAUUGAAUAAAGCCGGCCGAAAGCUAUGAACAGCGUGAACUCCCUCCUUCUGAUUACUUAUUGCUUUAUGUUCUCGAUGCUUGAAAGAUGCGGCCUGUAGACUCUUUUCGGGCAAUCCUGUUCACAUGGGAGUAGGAAUGAGACCCGCAGUGCCUUUAGGAUUGUUUGUUUGUUUGUUUUUGUUUUCAUGUUUUCUUACUUUCUCCUUUCUUGAGAAUAUGCGACUCUCUCUCUCUCUGUGUGUCUCGGUAUAAACUGUUCUCCUAUUAUUAUUAUUGUUGUUUCGCGAUGGCCGCACAAAAACAACGGUGGCUAUUGAAGAAGGAAAAUAUGAUGUCUUCUUUGGCAAAGAAGAAGGGGGAAAAAGCUCGUUGACGCGGUGAAGAAUUUACCGUAUCGUGUGAGACUUGUAAGCGGCUUGUGAAACUUCAGGUCAGUCAGCAUAUCGAGACUUGCCUGGAAAGCUGCGAAACUCCCUGUUGAACUGCCACCUACUUGGAGGUGUUACGUCCUUUCUCUUCUUCCUUAUAGCGUUGACCUGCGCCGGAUGCUCUCCAAGCGCGCUGUCGCCACUCCCACAGCCUUCUUGAUUCUUCUCCUUUUGGGGUUCUAAAUGCAAUUUAGGUGCAUUUGGUUUCUGCCUUUACGUCCUCACUUGUGUCGAGCCACAGCAUCGCCUCGCUGCAGAGGAACGAAGAAACCCCAAAAACCACGAAAUGGUCGUGCACGCACCUUUCCAGUUUCCACAACAUACCCGAUAAAAAAUUGCAUUUCCACUUCUACCUGCGGACAACAGCGUAACGUACGUUAGCUCUUUUUAUUGUUGCUCCUGUGUCGUACAUCGUCUGCGACCGCACACAUCUCACAGCACAUUGUUUUUUGAUCGGUGGUAAUUUUUUUUCUCUUUCUUCUUCUUCGCCACACAGCCUUUGAUAUCAUCGCAAAGGCAAGCGCCUGCAAAGGGACUCGUUGUCGUGUGAAUGCUCCUUUGGAGCUCUCAAAACGCUUCUCGUUUUUCUUCUUCUACUUCAAUCGCUGGACUGCGCUAUUUGUGUGUGUGUUUCCUCGCUGCCCCGCGAUAGAAUUAGCACUGGAGAAGCGAGUGCAGUUAUGCUCGCCUAUUGAUUCGUAGCAACACACACACACACACACAUGUUUUACGCUCUUUUGGGCUUUUGUUCUCUAUGUCGCAGGACCCCGAACGGCCGUCGAGGUCUCCUCCCGUCUUCGCCGCGACACUCCCGUCCAUCUCCCGCACGGACGCGCCUCCAUGUAGAAAAGAGGCACUCGGCACCGGUGACGCUGCAGAUGCGUCCGCAGAAACGAACACACCUGCAAUGGGGCCUCGACAGCACAGCACUACGCAGGGCAUCACCACCAGCAGUUGGGCGACCCGCCGUAGUGCACCUCCAACCCCCACGCAACGUCGCGGCGUAUGGCUUUGUCGGAUGUCACACGGCAAGCGCCAGUCCGCAGGUGAGGCGCAGUCCACCGUCUUUGUUCUGCAGGUCGCAAACACUGAGCGUCCCACGGAGCAAAACUCUGACGAAUUGACGUGCUCUGACGACACCAUCUCCAGCCAUGAGGGCUCCUUCUAUGCGUCUCUGCGGAUGGAGCAGGAGGGUCACUCAGAGCAGCAACAGCAUCAGCACCAGCCGCCACGCGGAAAGAUGCAAGCCGUCCAUGUUACCUCACCGGCAUCUGUGCUGACUGGGGUAUCAAGUGAAACCUCGGAGAGCUCCUUUCAGCCUGAGAUCAUCAAUUUCGGGUUUACGCCGUCGUCCACGAGUCCCACGACGACCACCACCAACACCGCAGGAAACGCCUGGUCGACCUCCCUAGACCAGACCCCGUCUUCUCCCUUCACGCCAGCAGGGGCUCACCCACUGCCACAUCAGCGACCCCCGCCCCCGCCGCCGUCGCGGCAGCCGCAUUCGGUGCCGACCUAUCAUGCAUUUCUACCUGUUUUUUUACCAUCAUCCAGUGAGUGGGACCGAGCGCUGCCUGCGGUGUUGGUGCAGCCCACCGCGUCGCCCAACAGCAGCAGCAGCAGCAGCCGAAGCGUCACGUCGAUCCCGUCCAGCAGCCCGCGCACGCCUCAACAAUUCCUGGCGUGGCGUAAGGAGUUGGUGGAGCUGCGCAACGCCAAGGCGGGUAGAGCGCAGAUGAGCAAGAGCUACAGCGGCGAGCAGUGGAGUGUGAAGAAGUGCAGUGGUGCAUGUUCCCCUUUGAGCGCGGAUUUUCUGGAUUUCGCCUCACGCAGCUGCACGAGCGGGGGUGAUGUGCAUUGCUAUGCUUUUCCUCCGCUGGUUGCCAGCUCGUCCAGGAAUGCUGACGGCGGUGUUGCAAGCCUGCCUGUUACGCCCCUCACGGCGGACGCACACCCGAGGCACCACCGCAUCCCCUUCUCCCCUCACGAUGGCUUCUCGCCCUCCGUCUCCACGUCCAACGACCGAUCCUCCUCGGCGAAGUCGUCACAAGCGAACGCAUCGACCACUGGUGCGGGGAAUCCGCUGCCUGACUACGCCUCCCUCGCCUUUGAUGUGCAAGCGGGAGUUGCAGCGGCGGAGCUGCCACGGGGAAACAGGGAAGGUUGGAGUGCGGGGGAUCAGGUGGCGUUCGCACUCGUGCUUGCUGCUGCGUUCAUUUACGCCCUGAAUCGGUACUUCUUCAUUGAUGUAACAGAUUUCUUCCCGUUGUAG